AUGGGUGUGUCAGUGAGUUUCUGUAUGCGUGCUAGUACAUACGAGUCUAGUGUAAUGCACGUGUUAAUGAUGGUUAUACUAUUAAUAACGAUGGAGAUGACCAAAGGGUGCUGUAGUGGUAGAUACUGGAUGAUAGUGAGAUAUGGUGUUGAUAGUGAUGAACUCGUCGUCAUGGCGUGUGUGCUGCUGCAGGUUAGUCGCGUCCCCGGCUUCCACGCCAGCAGGAAAAUGGACUUCGGGAUUAACGCGAGUGAUAUGGGUGCUCCUUCGGGCUGGAUGAAGAGGGUGGAGCGGUCGGGUGCUCAUCCACGUCGGGAAAUUAAGUCGUGCUUUUGCCAGUGCCAGCCACCGGCAUAUGCAUUCGUUCCGUCAUUGUACUCCCGGGAACAGCAGAUCAUGAAUCAUCUUCAAAGUCAUUUUCAUUCGCCAGGCAGCAGCAGCGGCCGCGGUGUUGUGCAUGGCGCUCCCACUCCCCUCCUCCGACGCGUUGCCAGCGCGGCGCAGGAGCCACGCCCUGCCCCCGCGCCUCCAGAACAACUCCUCGCAAGUCGCAUUCCCUCCGCCCUCGCCCUUGCGUCACGCGAGAUCGUCACAUCACAUCCGCAGCGUCCCACCGGCGCCCUCGUCGCUGCUGGGGCGCCCAUGUUCCCCAGCCCCAUGUAUUCUCCGUGGAAGCCUUUGCCGAACCCUUACCGGCCGCAUACAACGAGGGCGUCACACGCGGUCACUCCUGAAAAAUCCCCGUCACAGGCAUAUAGCAAGCCGCAGAAGAGUCCAUCACAGUCCUACGGGAGUCCUUCACCGUCGUAUAAGGGACCCUCAAGGACUCCUUCGCCCUCUUAUAAAGUACCACCAAAGUCUCCUUCCUCUUCUUACAAGGCACCAUCAAGUACCCCCACUCCAUUUUAUGAGGUACCCCCUUCCCCUUCCUACAAGGUACCACCAAGCACACCAUCAUCACAAUAUAAAGCACCACCAAAGAGUCCUUCAUCCUACUUGCCACCAAACAGCCCGCCAUCACCGUAUGAAGCACCACCGACGUCUCCAGCUCCUUCGUAUAAGAGACCACCGAAUACUCCAUCACCGUUGUGUAUGGUACCACCGAACACCGCCUCUCCGUCCUAUAAGACACCAUCCAGUAGUCCAUCGGCACUGUAUAAAGUACCAACAAGGACGCCAUCGCCAUCAUACAAGGUACCACAAAAAUCCACUUCUCUGACCUAUAAGGUACCUUCAAGCACUCCGUCACCACUUUAUAAGGGUACCGUCAAGCACUCCAUUACCAACUUACAAGAUACCAUCGAGUACUCCAUCGCCAUCAUAUAA